CUUGCGUCGUCGUCGUCGUUGGUUACAGUUCGUCGGCUUCAGCGGGACAGGUUUCUGGGACUGGGACUGCCAGUGUGGUGGUAGCCGUUUUCAGUUAGGGCGAGCUUUAUGCUCUCGCGGAGAGAAUCAUCGGAAAACAACAACUGAAACUGUAUCGAUCACCGCAUGCGGGUCUGGUCCAAGAAGGUCACGGUUAGAUCGCGGUGAUCUCCAGUGAACAGUGUUUGUGCAAACGUCGAACCAGCGGGUUGGUUUUCUAACUGGGCUUUCCGCGUUGAGUGUGUUUUCCCCACCCCAAAGGGCUUUCUAAGGGACUUUGCUUUGCUUUUCUCGUCUUGACCGGUUUGUGUGUUUGUCUUCUGUGCUGUUUUGUUAUUGAUCGUUGACGCCGCGGUAGCGCUACAAGUGUUGUGUUGAUCGCGGCUUGCUUCAGGACUUGGUUGUUUUGUUGUCUACCGUCGGUAUUGGUGAAGAACAACCGUGCAAUAUCAUAUCAUAUCCUUCCGGUACCUGAACGUUAAAAGUUUCCGGCUUUACCUGUCGAAAGCGAAGAAAUAGGUAGAAAAUUUAUGGUUCUGAUCAAAGAUCAUUCACACCGCGAAAAACUUUGCUGUUUUGGAGCUGAUGGGAGAUUGAAACUUGUUUGUGAGUGAAAUUUGUGAAUUUUCAAACGAAGAACGAAGUUCCACAAAGGCAAACAAAUCGGACUUCACCGUAGGGUUAUGAUCAGUGAUUAGCGAGUGUGAACGAGCAAUGGAAACUUGCGUACUAAUUCCGCAGGAGUUUGCCCUGGCCGUGACGGGAGUCGGUGCGCGCAACUCCCGGGAGCAAACGGCCACCGUGUGGUCCAAUUCGGCAAUUCCGCAGGGUCGACUGUGCUAUCCCUUCCAGGGUACGGUCCGGAUAGACAAUCUGGACGUGUACAGCUACGUGGACGAAGACGACAUUCGCCACCGCUUCGGGCUGUACGACGAAGUGACAACCGUCAAUGGGAGACGCGUGCGUCACUGCAACUGGAUCCGAUUUCUGCGGGUGUCGGAAACGUACGGACCGCAGGUUAAUGUGGUCUGUGCCAAGGUGAAAGGUGAACCGAUUUAUGAGAUUGUGAAACCGAUUCCGUCGCACCAGGAACUGGUUGUGUACUAUCUACCCGAGGGUCCGGAGGAGCUCUUUUUCAUCCGAAUGCGAAAUCAACUGUACCGGCAGACGAUGGAUUCGAUUCUGGAAGAUUCCCCACUGGAUCUGUCGACCUCGCUGCUGUCGCGAGUGAUGCUUCCGAUCUCACCUCCGUCCGGUGCCGAAGACGAGCGGAAGUCAGUUUCCGGUGACAGUUCGAUUUCGAUCUCGUCCGGUGCUAGCACCAGCGGUGGUGAUCUGGACAGCGCCAUUCCCCCGCCCCGCAGUUCCCCGAAGGCACGGCCGUCGCGGGGCGAACGGGCGAUGCUACCGUGUGAGGUCUGCGGUAAGGCCUUCGACCGUCCUAGUCUGCUGAAGAGGCACAUGCGAACGCACACCGGCGAGAAGCCGCACGUUUGUGGUGUGUGUGGGAAAGGAUUCAGCACCUCGAGCUCCCUGAAUACGCAUGUGCGAAUCCACAGCGGCGAAAAGCCCCACCAGUGUCAAGUGUGCGGCAAACGGUUCACCGCCAGCUCCAACCUGUACUAUCAUCGAAUGACGCACAUUAAGGACAAACCCCACAAGUGCAGUCUGUGCUCGAAGUCCUUCCCCACGCCCGGUGAUCUCAAAUCGCACAUGUACGUCCACAACGGCUCGUGGCCGUUCAAAUGUCACAUCUGCUCGCGAGGAUUCUCCAAACAGACGAAUCUGAAAAAUCAUCUCUUCCUGCAUACUGGUGACAAACCGCACGUCUGCGAGGUGUGCAACAAAUCCUUCGCGCUGGCAUGCAACCUGAAGGCACACAUGAAAACGCACGAGGAGGGCAGCGGCAACGGGCACGAGAGCGAAUCACAGCGAGGUCCAGGCAGCAGCCACAGCGAAGGCGAAGAGUCCAGCCCGCCGAUUUCGUUCGAGAAGGCCGAGGAGCGGCUGAAUUUCUCCAAACAUCUGCUGUUCUCCAACUACACCAAGCAGAUGCUGUCCGGAGUUGGUUGAGUUUUGUAAUCGGGAGUAAUUUCUUCCCCGCGCAGAGAACGGGUUCGUGGUGACUUCCAAAACGGUUCCCACUCCCCCCCCACUCGGGGGGGUAUAGGAAGGAGCGCUACUAACUACUACUUGUACUUACUGUGUCGUGCACUGUGUGUAUAGUUUCUCACCGGAAUCAUGUUUUAUGUACAUUAAUUUUCUAAUGUAAAAAGAGAUCACUUCGAAAGGGCUAUUGUCGUGUUUGAAGCAAGAAGACACUUCAUUUCGUUUCGUUCCGUGUUGUAUCAUCAUUUAGUCGCCGGACGCACUGCUGUAAAUAGGUUCAACAUUGAUAUCGGAAAUACUAAGUUGUGUGAUUAAUCCCCGUAUCAGUAUCUGAGAGAAAAAAGAUUUUUAAGUAUGAUAAUUGAAUAAAACUGUACAGCUACUGUCAACACAUUAAUCCUA